ACUAGACCCAGUUUUAUGCUUAAAAAACUCGUUAGAAUGCCGUCUUCUUCUUCUCCGGCCCCAGCCCUACCACGCCGCCGCACAAGCCCAGAAAUUUCACCAAUCAAUAAGACAAUUUUAUCAAUCAACUAGAUUGAUACUCAACAUUACACAACACAAUUAACCUUAAUCUAUACCAAAAAUCAUACAAAAAAUGCCAUAAAACCAGUAAAACUCCCUUCUUAUUAUUCAGUUUCCAUAAUUCUCUCGCAGAGAGAACACCGUCCUCGUUCGCUCGCCGCCGCCACCGCUCCACGAACCACCGCCUACUGAGACGAACCACACCAUCGCACCAUCGCCACCACCACCACUGUCCACAGACCACUCAUGCAGCCCCCGCCGUACGCCGAGUAACUUGAAGCCGUUAGGAAAACGCGAGAGAAAGAAGAAGAUGAUGAGGAAAAGGUCAAGAGUUGGAGCAAGAGAAGAUAAAGUUCUUUGCAAGCGUCUUCAAUCUUUCAAAAACCUCAAUUCAUCCACUGUUGAUGAAGUCGCCAAUUAUCUAUACUCCAGUUACCCUGAAUACAAACGACAAAAGAGACCUAUUUUUAUGAAAUUGCUCCACGAUGCCCUGGAACAUAAUGAGCAGGCAUACGAACAAAGGAGCACUUCCUCCUCUCCCUCACCCUCUCGGAAGAAGUCAAGAGGGAUGUUGAUGAUGGAAGGAGUUGGGAAAACAAUCAGAAUUGCUUGAGUGAGUCUGAUGUUGAUAAUGGGGUUGUGUCGAUGUCGACAUCGACAUCAAUGUUGGAGGACAGUGAGAGAGUGGAGCCACAGUUCGACUUGAUGAAGUCGAUGCUUCGAGUUUCAUAUGCUGGAUCUGCCAACUCGAAGAAGAAGAAGAAUGAGAAUUUAGAAUUGGAAUUGGACCUUCCUGUUCCUGUGAGCGAGGUAAAAGUGAAAUCAGGGUUUGGGGAUAUGGGUGGGAUGAAGGGAAUUUUGAAGCAGCUUGAGAAGAAGGUGCUCGUGCCUCUCUAUCAGCAUCAGCUAUUGGAGUGGCUUGGAGUUCGACCAAUUUCUGGCCUUUUGUUGCAUGGACCACCGGGCUGUGGUAAAACCAAAUUGGCUCAUGCCAUUGCCAGUCAGACUGGAUAUCCCUUUUACAAUAUUUCUGCCACUGAGUUUGUCUCUGGAGUUUCAGGUGAAUCUGAAGAAAAUAUAAGAGAUCUUUUUCAGAAAGCAUACAAGACUGCCCCUUCAAUUAUAUUUAUUGAUGAGAUUGAUGUUGUUGCGUCAAAAAGAGAAAAUUUACAGAGAGAGAUGGAACGACGAAUUGUGACACAAUUGAUGACUUGUAUGGAUGCAUAUUCAGAAUCCAAAUCUUCUGACGAUAGACAGGGUUAUGUUCUUGUAAUUGGAGCCACUAAUAGACCUAAUGCUAUUGAUCCUGCACUAAGGAGGCCCGGUCGAUUUGAAUGUGAGAUUGAGUUAGGUGUGCCAGAUGAAAAUGCGAGGGCCGAGAUUCUUUCUGUACUCACAAGAACCAUGAGACUUGAAGGCUCUUUUGAUCUUCUUAAAAUAGCCAGGUCUACCCCAGGAUUUGUUGCAGCAGAUUUGAAGGCCCUUGCUUCUGAAGCAGGUCACCUUGUAGCGGAGAAGAUUUUAAAUAAAAGAAAGUCCAAUUUAUGUGAGAAGUCUAUAGAUGAGGAACAAAGUAUGGACUGGUUGAAAGAACCAGUGAUGCCUGAAGAAAUGGAAGGGAUAAGCAUCACCAUGGCUGAUUUUGAGGAAGCAAUUAAAACCGUCCAACCCUCUACUAGAAGAGAAGGUUUUUCUGCCAUUCCUAAUGUAAAAUGGGAAGAUGUAGGUGGGCUAGAUCUUAUAAGGAAGGAACUUGAUCGAUACAUAGUUCGGCGUAUCAAAUAUCAUGAGAAAUAUAAGAGGUUUGGAGUGAAUUUAGAUACAGGAAUUUUGCUUUACGGACCUCCAGGAUGUGGCAAGACCUUGAUAGCACAAGCUGUUGCUAAGGAAGCAGGAGCUAGUUUUAUUCACAUCAAGGGUCCUGAACUUCUGAAUAAAUAUGUUGGAGAAAGUGAGUCGGCAGUACGGACGUUAUUUGGCCGUGCAAGGACGUGUUCGCCAUGCAUACUUUUCUUUGAUGAGGUGGAUGCCUUGACAAAAGAGCGUGGAAAGGAAGGGUCAUGGGUGACUGAGCGGCUACUGAACCAGUUGCUCAUCGAGUUAGACGGUGUUGAUAAGCGUCAGGGUGUCUUUGUCAUUGGUGCCACAAAUAGACCAGACGUGAUGGACAAAGCUUCUUUGCGACCGGGUAGGUUUGGGAAGCAUCUAUACGUGCCAUUGCCAACUCCCGACGAACGUGGUUUGAUCUUGAAAGCUCUGAUAAGGGAUAAGCCGAUCGAUGAAAGCGUUGAUUUGAAUGCUAUUGGUCGGAUGAAGGGCUGUGAUAAUUUUAGCGGGGCUGACCUUCAUGCAUUGGCUAAUGAAGCUGCUUUGGCUGCCCUUGAAGAUGAAGAUGAAGAUACUAUUAAAACAACACAUUUUGAGCAAGCACUUGCUAAAAUCUCUUCAUCUGUGCCACCUGAGCAAAGACAAUACUACCAGGUAUUAUCAAAGCGCUUCACGGCAACAGUGGACUAAAAUUAAAAGCUGCAUGUGGUAUUAGAAGCUUCUCUUUCUCUCUCUCUCUCUCAAGUCAGGAAUUGUUUAUAAAAAAAAUUAUUCUUACAUUUACGGGCAAUUUUUUUUGUCAAUAAAUUGGGAUCCCAUUUUAAGCAACGCAAAUAUCUGCAUAAAAAAAACUGAAGUUAGAUACAAGAAUAUUUAGUCCUCAUAUAGACAGAAUUGAGAUAUUUUUUC